AUGGAUAAUUCAGUAGGAGAUAUCGUCGACUAUGUUCUAAAAUCAUGCAAAGAAAAAGAAGUUGAAGUAUCAGAAAAUUUCAUCACAUUUCUAAUAUCUUCAACGUCUUAUUGUUCCGGUAAUUCUAUCUCUAAAGAAGAAAAAUAUAAAAAUCAGAAGAUAACAGAAAUGAUCAUAAAAAAAGUAGUCAAUAUUUCUUCUCCGAGUUUAGUAACACUGAAAAUGCAACAAUACUUUUUGGAAAGUUAUCAAAAUCGAGAGGAUAUAAUAAAAAAGCAUCGAAGUUGCUUAGCUCAAAAAACUUUACCACUUAUAAAGGAAAUAUGUGACUUUGUUGUCCUUGAUAACACUACAGCCUUAGAACAACUAUACCAAAAGAUAUUAGUAGUUAUUACGAUUUUAAGCGGCUUAGGAGAUCCAACUGUUUCAAUCAUUCUAAGAGAAGUCGGCCUCGCUUUGCAUAGUGUAUUUCAGCCUUCAGAACUCUCAAGAUUUGUCACAUUGUCAGAGUUCGAAAAAGAAAGUCAAUUGACAGAGCUCAUGCAUAUCGUUUCUGGCAUUCGUCUUUUCAAUCGCGAUGGCCAACGUGGGGGUGAAGGCAUUGAUGAUUUGCCAUGUAUUUUACAAAAUAGUGUGAAUACAUCACGUACAAUAAUAGUUCAUUUACUGGAAAGUCUCAUGGAAAAAAUUUAUAAUCUUACUGCAAUCGUAGAAGCAGGUAUAAAAAGUGACGAUGUUAACGAUGGGGAAAGUCAAAUUGAUAACAAUCACUUUACAUGGGCCUUGAAAGCUUUGGUGACAGCUCGACAACAAGAAGUGUACGUCAGAAAAUUGCUGAUGGAUUUAGAUAUUUGCGAAAAAGAGGUUGAACUUUUAAUAAAAGAAUUGAAAAACAAAUUCAUUAAACUUCAUGAAAUAGUAAAAUAUCGCACAGCCAUUCCAACCACUCAAGUUUACCCUCAGUUCAUAGAAAUUGCCAAAACUUGGUUUAAAUUGCAAGAUGAAGUAUUAGUAAUAAGUUUCUUAAAUGAAAUGCUGUGUCAAUUGAGAUCAUUUUUGCCUCAGACAUUAGAAUCACGCUAUCAAACUGUUAUUGAAUUAUUGUUGGAUGAGAUUCAAGUACUUACCGAUUCUGAAAGAUUAGAACGUACUAUGGGAAAAUUGAUUGAGGAUAGCGGUAAAUGUGCAAUUAUAUAUCCCAACACGGAUACCACUUUCAAUAAAGUGAAUUUACAAUUUCUUGGAUUUUGUGCUUGGAGUUUUGUGGUAGGCAAUGGAGCAAUAAUUCCUGGAAAUCCUAAUAUUGGCAUAUUAGAAUGGAAAGAAAAAUAUUUUGCAUUUAGUUCUGUCAGUGCAGCUAAACAGUUUUCAAAACGUCCUGAUAGGUUUUUAGAAGCUGCUCUGGAUCUCGUGGAAAAAAAUUUAGAAUUUAUACAUUUUUUUCAACUUUUUGACCAGAUAAACAUAUUCAAUCAGCAAGACAAAUUUUCAAGAGGAAUAAAACCUCCAAAACUAUUUCGAAAUCAAGAAAUCCAAACAGAUUUGCACAUUUUACCGACUUUCAUAGAUACCAAUUAUUCAUCAAAUAUUUGGGAGCAUCGUCGAAAAGCAAUUAAACUCGCAAAUAUGUUACAAUCUGCUUGUAAAAGCACGCAAACUCUAAAAUCUUCGUUCCGCAAUGGCAUGUGCAUUCAAACUAUGUCCAAAAAUGAAAAAGAAACCCAAACAAGAGUCGACAAAGGAAUCAAUACAACUUUAGUAAACAAGUUAGAGUUAAGUUUAACGCACAGAGAAAAAGACAUUAACCUUAUCGAUUUCAAAUUGUUAUCAAAAUAA